AUCUACUGGUAUAUAAAAAUACACUUGCUAUAGUAGACACACACCUUCUCGUUCUCAAGCGGCAGCUACUUCACUCCUUCCUUCCUUGCAACCUCUCUCUCUCUCUCUCUCUCUCUCUCUCUCUCUCUCUCUCUCUCUCUCUCUCUCUGAGAGCAGAGUGUGAGUCAGUGUACAGAGUGCAUGUUCACCAUGGCAAGUGCCGGCUGCAAGGAGGAGCGGGAGCCUGGCCUCUUCGUGAAGCAGGGGAGCAAGAUCCACUCCAAGAUGCUCUCCAAGGAGGCGGCCGCCCAGCUCUCCGUGCCGUCGUUCCGGGUCUACUACAGCGUGGCUUCGGCCGGCGCCGUGCCCUUCCUGUGGGAGUCGCAGCCGGGCACGCCCAAGAACGACUCGACCUCCGCGGCCGCGCUCCGGCCGCUCACACCACCGCCGUCCUACUACACCGCCGGCAGAGGCGGCGCCGGCCGGUCCAAGAAGCGCCGGCGGCCCGGCCUCAUCGGCGCCAUACUCAGGAUCACCCUCCUCCGGAGACCGGGACGGACGACGCCGUGCUCUUCCUCCUGGUCGUCGUCGUCGUCGUCCACCAUGUCGUCGGUGUUCACCGUGCAGUCGUCGCCCGCCGCUGGGGGUUCCCACGGCCACAGGCGCACGCUCUCGGCCGGCGCUGACGAGGACGCGGAAGCCGCAGCGCGGUGCUUCGGGAUGGAGCGCGACUGCUGCGAGAGGGGGAUGGUGAAGGGGUGCGGCGUCGCGGUGGCCGUCAGGAACGCGCUUGCCACGGUCGUCGGCGGCAAGCCCGGCCGGCGAGCCACCACCAGCUCAUCAGCAUAGAGAUGAGUAAUAUGCCUAAAGCUCAGGGCGUGCUUUGCAUUUUGCCGUAUAUGUAAUCAACGUGCUUAGCCAGUAUAUAUGUACGUCACGAACGCGUAUGGUAAUCGUAUAUACGUAUAUUUACGCUCCUGUGUAGUUUGAAAUUUCCUGGGAGGUAGAGGUAAAAGAUGGCACUCGGUACUCCUUUCGAAAUCUCCUUCUCAUCACGAAAUUUAUAUGUUUUCAGUACUUU